UCCAUCAUGAAAUUCUCUCUGUUUCUGGGCUGUGUGGUGGUGUCUAUUCUGGCUGUAACAUCAGGCCACACGUUUGAUUCAACACUGGAUGAAGACUGGAAGAAUUGGAAAUUAAAGUAUGAGAAGCAGUACACCGAGGAUGAAGAGAUCGACAGGAGAAUGGUAUGGGAGGACAAUAUGAGAUACAUCGAACAACACAACCUGGAGCAUUCGAUGGGGAAACACACAUUUACUGUGGGAAUGAACCAGUUUGGAGAUCUGACCAAUAAAGAGUUUAAUGAACUCAUGAAUGGAUUCCUCCAAGUUGAAGUUGAUAACUCGACUGAAGAGGAAGUUGAUGAAGAAGAUGAUACUGAAGAUGAUGAAGAAUUUGAAGAAAGUGAUGAGGAAUUGCAAGGUGCAAUUGUUGACUGGCGUAGACAGGAUCUGGUUACUCCCGUGAAAAGCCAGAGAGGACGCUGCAGAUUUCGGAGAAACAAAGUUGAUACCAGAAUCAAAAGAUACAGACGUGUUCGAAGAAAUGAAAGAGCUUUAGCAAGAGCAGCGCAAAGGGUGGGACCAAUAGCUAUUGCAAUUAACGCAGGGCGAAAAUCCUUCCAGCUUUAUAAUCGAGGAGGUUACUAUGAUCAAAGAUGCGGUCAGCGUCUAAACCAUGCAGUGCUGCUGGUGGGAUUUGGAACAGAAAGGGGAAAGAAUUAUUGGCUUGUUAAAAACAGCUGGGGAAGAACAUGGGGUAAACAAGGUUAUAUCAACAUGGCUAAGGAUCGAAGGAAUAACUGUGGAAUUGCCAAUUAUGCAGUUUACCCAAUUGUGUGAGGAGGCAGGUGUUAAGCCAGAGCUUCAUUGAACUCCACUUGAAAGAAUGAUGGAAACAUUUCUGCUGAUGCUGACUCCUUCAACAGUAUUGCUUUAACUGUCUGCUGCAGUUCAGAAAGUUAAAUAAUAACAGCUUCUGCAUGUUUCUAUAGCUUCACAUAAAGGUCACUGUCAGCGUGUGUUUGAUACAUGUAACCACAGUAAUAUCUGAGUGACUACAUUCUCCAGCUUGUGGACAGACAAUGACCUGAAUGUACUGUUGAUGUCGAGCAAUAUAAUAAACGUUGCCAGCAAUCA